AUGCCUGAAGCUCACUUCACAGAAAAGACCCGUGCGGUACUGGAAGAGUACGAACGCUGCAAAGGCGGUUUCACGCCUCUUCCAAUUGCGCUCACAAAGUCUCGCAAUGCCACCUUAUGGGACGUGGAUGGAAACAGAUACAUUGACUUUCUCUCGUUCUUUGCCGUCGCCAACAUGGGCCACGCACACCCCAAGAUCGUGGAAGCCGCGUGCACAGCAACUCGAGAAUGUCCGAUGGCCAACACGGCAUUUGUCAACCCGAGUUACGCAAAGCUUGCAUCCAAGAUCAAAGAAAUCCUUGGUUACGAUAGUAUCGUGUGCAUGUGUACCGGAGCCGACAGCACAGACGCGGCCACAAAAAUUGCCCGUAAGUGGGGUUACAAGGUCAAGGGGAUUCCUGCUGGCAAGGCCGUGGUACUGACGGCGUCUGCAUGCUACCAUGGGAUUACUAUAUCGACUCACUCGCUGUCGUCCGCUCCCGAAGACCUGUUUGGUCCGUACGUGCCCGGUGUUGGCCCAGUCUCGCCAUCUGGUGUACUCGUCGAGUACGGGGACAUAGAGAGUCUCAAGAAGGCAUUGGAAAAAGACCACGAGACCAUUGCGGCGUUCAUGGUGGAACCAAUUCAGGGUUCUGCCGGAAUCAUUGAUCCACCAGAGGGGUACCUGAAACAGGCGUACGAUGUGUGCAAGCAGUACAAUGUGCUUUUCAUUGCCGACGAGGUGCAAACUGGACUGGGAAGAACAGGCGAAAUCUUGCACAGUUGGCGUUCUGGGGUGAAGCCCGACCUCGUAUGUCUCGGCAAGGCUUUGGCAGGCGGCGUGGCACCGCUCUCUGCUGUGUGUGGCAACGCGGACGUGAUGGAUAUCAUCGAGGUCGGCGACAUCGGGUCGACAAUGGCCGCAAACCCGCCAGCCACAGCGGCAGCAGUUGCUGCAUUAGAGGUGCUAGUGGAAGAACGGAUUGCAGAGCAGUCCAAAGAGAAGGGAAAGCUGCUGCGGGAACUGCUCGAAGCAGAAAACGUGGCCCAAAUUUCUGGCUUCAGCGGAGCAGGAAUGUUGUGUGCUGUGAUCCUGAACGCGGAGUAUGUGACUCCGCGGUUCAACGGUCCACGGCUGAGACAUCUGUGUGCCAAGAGAGGGCUGAUGGUCAACAGCGCUUCUGGCGGCAACCGCAUGCGAAUCUGUCCGCCGCCAACUAUUGAGGAGGAUCUUCUUGCUGAGGGCGUCAAGAUUUUUGCUCAGUGUGUGCGUGACCUAGAAUCUGUAGACGAUCCUAUACUGUAA